UAAAUGGCGGGAAAAUCAAAUAAAGGGAGGAAUAGGAAAGGGGUGCACCAUGCUACGAAUUCUUCCGAGGUAGCAAUUUCUUCUGAUGCUUCAAAAGAUGUUAAUGGUGCUUUGGAAUCAAAAGGCGAAUUAGUUGAAUCAGUUGAGGAAUCAUCAGAUAUUAAGGCAGACAUCAAAGAAUCUGAAACAGCUAAUCCAGAAAGUCAACCAAAGCAAGGUGAACUUCAUCUUUAUCCCAUAUGUGUCAAAACACAAAGUGGCGAAAAACUUGAAUUACAACUCAAUCCAGGAGACUCUGUUAUGGACAUCAGACAGUUCCUUCUUGAUGCUCCUGAGACUUGCUAUUUCACAUGUUAUGACUUAUUAUUGCACACAAAGGAUGGUUCCAGUCACCAACUAGAAGAUUAUAAUGAAAUUUCAGAAGUAGCUGAUAUUACGAUUGGUGGUUGCUCGUUAGAGAUGGUACCUGCAUUAUAUGAUGAUAGAUCCAUAAGGGCCCAUGUUCAUCGUACUAGAGACAUGCUUUCCCUUUCCACUCUUCAUGCUUCACUGUCGACAUCUCUUGCAUUACAGUAUGAACUGGCUCAAAAAAGUGCAGCAGCAACUACAGGAGAUACUGCGAAAACGGAGGCCUCAGAGCUUGAGAGUCUUGGUUUCAUGGAAGAUGUUUCUGGUUCGCUUGGGAGUUUUCUAUCAUCAUCCUCGAAAGAGGUAAGAUGUGUAGAGAGCAUUGUGUUUUCAUCCUUCAAUCCUCCUCCAAGCUAUAGAAGGCUCACUGGAGAUUUGAUAUACUUGGAUGUGAUUACAUUGGAGGGCAAUAAGUUCUGUAUAACGGGAACUGCAAAAUUUUUUUACGUCAACUCAAGCACAGGAAAUGUUCUUGACCCAAAGCCAUAUAAAACUGCGUAUGAAGCUAGUACUCUGGUUGGGCUGUUGCAGAAGAUCAGCUCUAAGUUUAAAAAAGCUUUCCGUGAAGUUCUGGAACAGAGAGCCUCUGCACAUCCUUUUGAAAAUGUCCAAUCUUUGCUGCCCCCAAAUUCGUGGCUUGGAGCCUAUCCUGUGCCUGAUCACAAGCGUGAUGCAGCCAGGGCAGAAGAUGCACUAACCCUUUCCUUUGGUAGUGAGCUGAUUGGCAUGCAACGGGAUUGGAAUGAGGAGUUGCAGGCUUGUCGGGAAUUUCCUCAUACAACUCCACAGGAAAGGAUUUUGCGUGAUAGGGCUCUCUACAAAGUAACUUCAGACUUUGUCGAUGCUGCUAUUAGUGGUGCCAUUGGAGUCAUCAGCAGAUGCAUACCCCCAAUAAAUCCAACUGAUCCAGAAUGCUUUCACAUGUAUGUACACAAUAAUAUUUUCUUCAGCUUUGCUGUGGAUGCGGACCUUGAACACAUAUCCAAGAGAUCUGGGUCUGAUGGUAAUUCUAAAGUUCAGGCCACAAGCUCUUUACGUGGUCUGUCGGAGAGGGCUAUUGAUAAUUCAUUGCAUGGUGACAUUGGGCUUUCUAAUGGUGAAAGAUGUAGUUCAUCUGGUACUUUGGAAGUUAAUGGUAUAACUGAAUCUUCACCUAAUGGUUCAACUGAGACACAGUUGACUGAGAGUGAGCAAGCUACAUAUGCCUCUGCAAAUAAUGAUUUGAAAGGCACAAAAGCAUAUCAGGAAGCAGAUGUCCCUGGGCUUUACAAUCUUGCUAUGGCAAUCAUUGAUUACAGGGGACAUAGGGUGGUAGCUCAGAGUGUUCUUCCUGGCAUUCUUCAAGGCGACAAAUCCGACUCUCUUCUGUACGGUUCUGUUGAUAAUGGUAAGAAAAUCAACUGGAACGAAGAUUUCCAUGCCAAGGUGCUGGAAGCUGCCAAACGUUUGCAUUUAAAGGAACACUCAGUCCUUGAUGCAUCUGGAAAUGUUUUCAAGUUAGCUGCACCGGUGGAAUGUAAGGGCAUUGUAGGUAGUGAUGACAGGCAUUAUCUUCUUGACUUAAUGAGAGUAACUCCUCGUGAUGCGAACUAUACUGGGCCAGGAUCUCGAUUUUGUAUUCUAAGACCAGAGCUAAUUACUGCUUUUUGCCAGGCCCAAGCUGCUGAUCAGUUAAAAUCCAAAGUUGAGUCUGAAGGAGCUAGCGUAGUUGACUCUCCUCAAGUGGCUGAUGCUGGAAAACAAGAGGACGUCUCAACUGUAGCUAGUGAUGGAAGUGAUACUAGCAAGGAAGAGAAGACUGAGGAUCUCAAAGAGAGCUCACAAUCACAAAAGGAAAUCUUUUUUAAUCCUAAUGUCUUAACUGAAUUUAAGUUGGCUGGGAGUCCAGAGGAGAUUGGAGCAGAUGAAGAUAAUGUGAGAGGAGCCAGUAUGUUCCUCACAAAUGCUGUGCUUCCAAAAUUUAUUCAAGAUCUCUGCACACUGGAAGUCUCACCCAUGGAUGGCCAGACGUUGACUGAGGCGCUCCAUGCUCAUGGAAUUAAUGUUCGGUAUAUUGGAAAAGUUGCUGAGGGCACUAGGCAUUUACCCCAUUUAUGGGACCUUUGUUCAAAUGAGAUUGCAGUUAGGUCUGCAAAGCACAUUCUCAAGGAUGUUUUGAGAGAUACCGAAGAUCAUGACUUAGGGAUGGCGCUUUCCCAUUUUUUCAAUUGUUUCUUUGGAAGUUGUCAAGUGCUUGCUACAAAAGCUGCUAGUAAUACGCAGUCCAGAACCCCAAAGAAGGACCAAGUGCACCAUCAUUCUUCAGGAAAAAUUUCAAGGGGACAAGCCAGAUGGAAAGGCAGAACACAUGCAAAAAAGAACCAAUCCUCACAUAUGAGUGUUAGCUCAGAUUCUCUUUGGGCUGACAUUCGAGAUUUUGCAAAGCUCAAAUAUCAGUUUGACUUGCCGGAUGAUGCACGGUCGCGUGUGAAGAAAGUGUCUGUUGUACGGAACCUUUGCCAUAAGGUUGGAAUCACAGUUGCUGCUAGGAAAUAUGAUUUAAAUUCUGCUGCACCUUUCCAGACAUCAGAUAUCUUGAAUCUCCAACCUGUUGUUAAGCAUUCAGUUCCAGUAUGUUCAGAAGCGAAGGAUCUUGUCGAAACAGGAAAGCUGAAGUUGGCAGAGGGGAUGCUUAGUGAAGCCUAUGCAUUAUUUUCAGAAGCUGUCUCGAUACUUCAGCAGGUUACUGGUCCAAUGCAUCGAGAGGUUGCCAAUUGUUGCCGGUACCUAGCUAUGGUUUUGUAUCAUGCUGGGGACAUGGCUGGAGCCAUAGUCCAACAGCACAAGGAACUAAUUAUAAAUGAACGUUGUUUGGGUUUGGAUCAUCCUGACACAGCCCACAGUUAUGGGAAUAUGGCUCUUUUCUACCAUGGACUUAACCAAACAGAACUUGCACUACGACACAUGUCCCGAGCAUUGCUACUGCUUAGUUUAUCAUCUGGUCCUGACCACCCUGAUGUUGCUGCAACUUUCAUAAAUGUCGCAAUGAUGUACCAGGAUAUUGGAAAGAUGAACACCGCGCUUCGUUAUUUGCAAGAAGCAUUGAAGAAAAAUGAAAGGCUUCUGGGCGAGGAACAUAUUCAAACUGCUGUUUGUUACCAUGCUCUUGCUAUUGCAUUCAAUUGUAUGGGUGCCUUUAAACUGUCCCACCAGCAUGAAAAGAAAACCUAUGAUAUACUGGUCAAACAGUUGGGUGAAGAAGAUUCACGGACGCGAGAUUCAGAAAAUUGGAUGAAGACAUUUAAGAUGCGUGAGGUACAGAUGAAUGCUCAGAAACAAAAGGGCCAAACUUUGAAUGCUGCCUCGGCUCAGAAGGCUAUUGAUAUUCUUAAGUCUCAUCCUGACUUAAUACAAGCAUUUCAAGCUGCUGCAGUAGCUGGUGGUGGAUCUGGCAGUUCUGGAGGAGGUCCCAUCAACAAAUCCCUGAAUGCUGCCGUUAUUGGUGAAAAUCUCCCUCGUGGUAGGGGUGUAGAUGAGAGAGCUGCUCGUGCUGCAGCUGAAGUCAGAAAGAAAGCUGCAGCUAGAGGCCUCUUGAUACGUCAGCCAGGUGUCCCGGUUCAAGCUAUGCCGCCACUUACCCAGCUGCUAAAUAUCAUCAAUUCUGGCAUGACACCGGAUGCAGGGGAUAGUAGUGAAACAGACGGUAAGAAGAAAGAAGUUGACACCAACCCUUCUAACAACACCCAGGUAGAUGGAAAACAAGAUCAGUCGCCUUCAGCACAAGAUCAAGCUGCCCCUGUCGGAUUAGGUUCUGGCUUAGCGUCUUUGGAUGCGAAGAAACAAAGACCAAAAUCAAAAGCUGCUUGA